AAAAUGGAAUUCGUAUUCAUUAAAUAGUGUGUUGUGUCAAGUUAUUUCCCAAGAAGAAAAUUUCACCAACCCAUGCAUUGAAUUGAAUACUAUAUAGUACGUCUGUAUAUUACUCUCAUAUAUGGUGUUUCAAAAAACGUUGCAAUCUUUACAAUAAAUGUUUUGCCACAAAUCCAACCUAACCUUUCCAUUCAAUUCUAUUCCCUCAAAAAUUAAAAACCAAAUUCAAUAACAUAGUCUAAGUAACAAGAGCCUUUGUCAUCUGUAAAAGAUAAAAAUUAGUUCAAGUCUUAUAUAUAUAUAUAUCAAAAUAUAUAUAAAUAUGGUUGAGGAACAAAGUGGAGUUGUGUAUGAUAUUGGAUAUAGUUAUGGUAACCCUUGUAGGUAUAUGCAACAAGUUUUUAAAAGCUUUUUGAAGUGUUUGGGGUUGGAGAGUCAAGGGGAAAGAGAAGGAAAAGAAAAAGGUGACAGAAUUGAUGGCGGCAACGGCGACGGUAGUGGUGGUGGUGAAGUGGUGGAUGAUCCAACUUUAGGUGAUCCAUCCACCAUGGAUCCUACUGAUGAACCGGCUAUAUCAACCACAUUGUUGGUGCAGAGUAUUGCAAGAAGACGUCCUCCACCAAGACCUCCGAUUACCUCAGGAGGACCCGGUCAAACCAAUUAGUCAAAGUCCGUUUUUUGUUUUGUUUUUCUUGCGAGUAUAUGUUACGUUUGAUCGAUUUUAUGAAGAUUAGGAUGUUUAUUUGUACUGUAAAUUACACGGUUACUACCUUGGUGUAAUAAUUAAUUAGUUUGGCUAA